AUGGUAGUCUCACGAGCGAACAUCACACAUCAAUGGCUGUACCAGCUCUCCCUAUGGGCGGUGCGACGUCCGUUAUCCGCAAUACUUAUCCCUUUCGUCACAAUCUUCAUCAUUGCGUAUUCUACGCUAACAAAGCUGCCGCACGACAAUGUUUUCAUGGACCACUAUUUGAGCAAGAUUGAAUUGGCGGUGGAUGUCAGUGGGCUCUCGCCGAACUAUUCGAUGGCCCAGUUAUGGAUAUCACGAGGAAAUGAUGGCAACAUAUUAAGAAAGGGGGCAUUGAUGGAGACCUUGGCUGUCCAAAACAAGCUUCUCGAGGAUGUGCUCGAAACUUGUGAGGUGACCUGCGUGGAAACGCCCUACCAGUUAUGGAACAGCUCCCUCGAGCUUCUGAGCAGAGACCCAUAUCCGCUUAGAACUUUGAACUCUAAAAUUGACGAAAUUCCACAUAAUUCUUUGAGAAAUGCUUUGAAAGUUAACGGGUACUUUACCUCUGCACAAACUGUUGUCGUGAACGUCUUGACUCCGGCCGAUAAUCAGAUUUUUUUGAGAAACUCAUUGAACGAUAAUGUUGCUAAGCUAUCCAAACUUUCUAACUCAACGGGGUAUCAAUUUUUCCACUCUUCAGCAAAUACUGGCGAUAAUUUUGAGACCCUGUUGAAAGUCGAUGUAGAAUCCGCUACACGUCAAGAUUUAUUAUGGGCAAUGCUUAUCGGUUUAUUCUCUGCUCUACAGUUUUGGAAACACUUCAACAGGGUGACUAUGGUGAACUCCAAAUUAGGUGUUUGUGCGGCUCUUGCCGCGCAAAUAGUACUUAGUGUUGCUGCCUCGAAUACACUGACAAUAUUCUUCUUCGGCAAAAGAGGUGAUGCCAUUCCGUUCCCUCUGAGAUGGUUCCCUAUAUUGAUGAUAUCUUCGUGUGGCCUGCUUGAGAGGCUAUCAAAUACAUCAGGUAGUGCUUUUGCUGACGGGCCACUUUUGCCAGAUUCUAAUACUGGCUCGGACUCUGACAAUGCGUCAACUCCGAGUUAUAUUGAUGCCUCUGUUCAUUCUAGCUUUUCACUUUGCAGAACAGUAAUGAUUUCCCUGCUGUCGAGCGUAAUUUUAUUUCCUUUCAACAGGCGAACGAGCAUUUAUCUAGCCUUUGCAUUUGUGAGCUGCAUAGUCGUUCAAGCACUUGCUUUUACAGCAAUAUUGAGCUCGGAUUACAAUCGUCUGAAAAAACCUGAGCGGCCUUUCGAAAGCACCAAUGGUGAAGCCAAUGAUACGUCCCUGGACGACGAACGCGCACAUACUAGUAAGUUCAGUUUGACGGCUUAUCUUUGGUCUAUUCUGAAUGGCAAUACGACAAUAUACUCUCACUGUAUCAGCGUUGUGAUGUUCUCCCAGUACCUUACUAAUCUGAGGUAUCACUUGGUCAGGUCUUCAUCGUCUCUGGUAGACAUUUUGUUGCAUUGGCGAUUUUCGAAACUGGCUCUUUUUAAAACGUCUAGCUCUGUGUCGCUUGUUGAAGGAGACUCUAUUCUUCAGCUAGUUCUAGCACAUCAUAAAACUGGAACGUAUUACAUUUCAUGGUCAGCCGAUGAUAGAAUACUUGCCCUAAAAAAUGGCUUAAGUUCAUUUAGAAAUGGUCAGCAAGGUCUGAUUGAUGCCUUUCAGAUGCCCCUCGUUUCAUCUUACAAGUUCGACCUAUAUUUCUUCCUGGAGAUCACCGUGAUACUGGUGCUCGUCUCGUCUGUCGCGCUACUAGUCGUUCAGACGCUCUUUGACAAAUUGCAGGCCUGGCCCCAACUAAAAGAACGCAGUACUAAGCAACGAGAAGCCAAUUUUUCCCAUGGGAGCUCUUCGCACUUGAAUCCCCAUAACAGCCCUUCUUUUCAUGCCAAGGAGCUAUCUCGAGGUGGACAUACUUUAGAUAUUAUGGGAAUUUACACAUCAGAGUCGCCCUUCAUUAUGUCGGUCGGACUUGAUCGGAGGCUUUUGAUAUGGUCCCCUUUAUCUAAUCCGGUACCACUGCCGACAGAAAUUCCUCUAAACAGACAGUUGUGGCCUGUGCUAACGGCCGUUACAAGUUCUAACGGCAAUUUCACUGCGGUCUUUGGCAAGUCUGGUCGGAUAUCAUGCUGGUCUAGGGAAAGCCUCAAAUUUAUUUGGUCAAUGAAGCUUGAUUUGUCGAAUGUACAUGUUCUUGAGUCUUUUUUCCGCACGAAAACGAGACCGGCUUUCAUGAAAAAGCAAGCCAGAUCUGCUCUCAAGCACCAGGCACGACAGGACGUACCUGCAAAUGCCUUAAAAAGGCGGGGAAGCAACGCCUCGAUAUCUUCGACGAAAUCGGCAUCUUCUGCAACUCCUGCGUUUGCCUCCAAAUAUGAAGAUAAGACAUCACUUCUUGAUACUGGAGACACAGAAGACAUUGAACUGGUUCUCAUCACUACUGAUGGUGAUAUUCAUGCAGUGGAUAUUAAGGGAGAUGUGAAGAGUUCAAAAGUCACAAAUUCUGCUUUUCCACUGGUAUCCUGCAAGCGAUUGGUUACACCGAGAGUAAACGAUCGGCUCAUCAUUUGCGACACCGAAGGCGAGGUCUUUAUAUCCACUGUUGUGAACAAUAAAUGGAGACCCAGAAGGCUUGUUUUAGUAAGGAAUUCUUUCAACAGGGGCCAGAAACUGAUGACCCCAGCCACUUUGAUGCAUCAUACAAAUCAGGAACAAGAAGGAAAAAUUGGAAGCUCAAGUUCAUCUACUAAUGGUAUAAUAUCAACACUUCUGAUACCGUUUGUGGGGAUGCUUUUGCUCGUCAAGUCGAACGAGGCUGAUCUAGUAGAUGCUCAGACGGGAACCGUGAUCAAGACGUUCAAACUUGCGAAUUAUAUGCCAGGAUCGCUUCGCAUCUUUCAUGACCAGCCUACGCAUUGUAAGUUCUGCGGUAGCGCGUCCGUUUCAACUUUCUCAAUUGCUUACACUGAGCGAUAUACGUCGACAUUGGUUUUGAGCACAUUCAAGCUUGAGAGUAGAACUAAGACAAGUAUAUGUCUGCGUGUAGAAAGAGAUCCAAGAGAAAUAAGAUGCCUCGGGCUCGAGUCAGUGGUCGAGAAGAAGUACUGGCUUCCAGAUAUUGAUAAAUGGGAUUCGACAGACAACAACGUAAUAAUUGGAAUCAAAAAAAAGGAGAAGGACUUUGCGACCAUAUCUGGUUCGAAAUCCAUGAUGAGAAGUGCGUCUGAAGGCAUAAAGGCUGGCGAACUGAGAUUGAGGGGAAGGCUCGAAAGCCGCAGUAUGAAGCCCUCAAAAUCGGUCGAAUACAAUAUUCAUGACAUAUGGGAAGGCUGGACAAUGACAGCGAAUGGACUGGUAACCUAUUACAAGAUUCCGGCGGGCAUCAAUGGUUUAUUAACGAAUAGAAUUGGAUCCUUUGAAAAGUUUGGCGCUAAAGCCAUGGUUGCAGCUUUUGGCAAUGUGAUGAAACUGUUCUACUUGGGUCAUGAGGAGCUCAUCAUGGCACCAGAUGGUAUCAGCCCUAAUGAAGAGGAAUCUGGACUGAAGUUUGUAAACAAAAGGCGACAGCGACUCAGUGAUAAAAAGGUAUCCAUUAAUUAUGAACAAUUUUGA